AUGCGGUGGCUUCAUCAGAGUCGAGGUUCUCCCAGACUUGUUCUGGUGGUCGUGUGCGUCGCUCUGCUGCUCGACAACAUGCUGCUCACUGUGGUCGUUCCGAUCGUCCCGACGUUCCUUUACGCCAUGGAGCAUCCCGAUCCGGAUCUCCACACCAGCCGGCCCAGCCUCAGUGCACCGAGUCCUAGUCCUGGAUCACCUCCCUCCACCUUCUCUCCUCUGCUGUCCCUGUUUGAUAACUCCACCCCCCUGACCCCGACCCCGACCCCCGAGCCCGGAGCCACAGAGCUGCAGGCCAACCGGACCGCUGAUGCCACGACCACAACAGGUCAGACUGGGCCUUCACACUUCCUCAGCUGUGCUCUCAGCUCCAUCCUCUACAGCAGUGACUGCAUCAUCACCCACACUGUGGCUCAGUUCAAACAGGAUACAACCGUUGUUGGCCUCAUAACCAACAACAAUGAGGAGGCAUACAGGGAUGAGGAGGAGUCCUCUUGUCUUCAGGACAGUCGAUUUCUGGAGGAGGAGAACGUCCGUGUGGGUCUGCUGUUUGCGUCUAAAGCUCUGGUGCAGCUGAUGGUGAAUCCGUUCGUCGGUCCGCUAACAAACAGGAUCGGAUACCACAUCCCCAUGUUCGCUGGUUUCAUCAUCAUGUUUAUGUCCACUAUCAUGUUUGCGUUCUCAGGAACCUACGCUCUUCUCUUCUUCGCUCGCUCUCUGCAGGGAAUCGGCUCGUCUUUCUCUUCGGUGGCAGGUCUGGGUAUGUUGGCCAGUGUGUACACAAAUGAUGAGGAGAGAGGCAUCGCCAUGGGCAUCGCUCUGGGAGGACUGGCUAUGGGAGUUCUGAUUGGCGCUCCGUUCGGCAGUGUGAUGUAUGAAUUUGUGGGGAAGAGCGCCCCCUUCCUUAUCCUGGCCUUCCUGGCUCUGUUCGAUGGAGCGCUGCAGCUGUGCAUCCUGCAGCCCUCUAAGAUCUGUCCUGGGAGCGUGGAGGGAACGCCGCUGCUGACGCUGCUCAAAGACCCGUAUAUCCUCAUUAGUGCAGGCUCUCUGUGUUUUGCUAACAUGGGCGUUGCCAUCCUGGAGCCGACUCUGCCGAUCUGGAUGAUGCAGACCAUGUGCUCCCCGAAAUGGCAACUUGGUAUGGCCUUCCUCCCCGCCAGCAUCUCCUACCUGAUAGGAACCAACCUGUUCGGUCUUCUGGCCAACAAGAUGGGACGGUGGCUUUGCUCCAUGGUGGGAAUGUUUAUAGUCGGAGUCAGUCUGCUGUGUGUACCUUUUGCCACCAGCAUCUAUGGUCUGAUUGGACCAAACGGAGGUCUGGGCUUCGCCAUAGGUAUGGUGGACUCCUCUAUGAUGGCCAUCAUGGCUUACCUGGUCGACAUCCGCCACGCCUCCGUCUACGGCAGCGUGUAUGCUAUCGCUGACGUAGCGCUGUGUAUGGGCUUCGCUAUCGGUCCGUCCACAGGGGGCGCUCUGGUGCAGGCGGUGGGUUUCCCCUGUCUCAUGGUGUUUAUCGGGGUCAUCAACAUCCUGUACGCUCCGCUCUGCUUCCUGUUACGUAACCCUGCUGUCCGAGAGGAGAAGAUGGCAAUCAUCGAUCAGGAGUGUGUGAUGCACAGGAAAAGUUACAACACAGAGAAGGAGAGUCGCGACUUUCCUCUGAGCGACUACAGCGAAGAAGAAGAGACGGAGGAGUGA